AGUUAUUAUUCAACUUGUGCUCGUAGUGAAAAACGCAAAAUGCCGCGAAUUCUUCUAUUUUUAUCGUUUUUUGGACUUUUAACGUUCAUCGAAGCAUCUCCGAAGGUCUUCACGUCGCCCGAAAUGAACCCGUUCGUAGUUGGCGGCAAAAAUGUCGACAUCGCAGAUCAUCCAUACACCGUCGCUGGUUACAGUUACGGAUUUUCCUGUGGCGGAAGCAUCGUCAGCGAAAAUUGGGUUUUAACCGCUGGUCAUUGCUCGAUCAACAGAAUUCAGUACAACGUAACGAAACGCGACGAAAAAGGUCCGAACGUCAUUGAAGUUGCUCAAAGUUACCGACAUCCGCUUUAUCAGGACUACACGAAGUACGACGUUCAAUUGUUGCGAUUGGCGGAAAAAAUUCCCUUCGAUAAGCCCGGCGUCGUUGCUCGUCCCGUGAAAUUUCCGAAACCCUAUUGGGAAGUUGCCGGAAAUUCGUUCGAGACGAAAUCUUUUGUGCUUGGAUGGGGUCUCGAUACGUGGGGAACACUUCCUUUGACUCUCCAGCGGGGCGAUUAUUACGUCAUGAACAACGAGGAUUGCAAGAAAGUUCACGAGGGACUCGUCAAUGUCUAUGAUUCGAAUUGUUGUAAUGGCGUUCGAGGAGGCGGCGUUGCUGAUUGCAAUGGUGAUUCUGGAGGUCCCAUUAUGACAGAAGUUGAUGGACAAGCUGUGCAAUAUUGCAUCGUGUCGUGGAGUGUGAAGCCUUGCACGAAUCCAACGUAUCCAGCGGUUGGCACGAAAACGUCGCAUUAUGUCGAAUGGAUUUCCGAAACGACGGGAAUACCUUUGGAAGAGUUAACAGUCUGAAAAUUUUAGAUUUUUUAGAAUUUUGCUUCAGUUUGGGAGCUAAAAGGCAUUAAAAAUAAAGAAAUUUUUAAUGAAUUACGAUAAAAAAAAUUUAAUUAAUUAUUUAAAAUUAUUUUCCGCACCUUUUUGUUAAA